AUGGAAAAGAAUUCUUUCAAGCCCGCUGCUCCCAGCAUGCGCUCCUCCCAUUCUCGCCGUCCUCGCUCUUCUCUUCCUUCGUGCUUUGGUAGCUGCUUCAGCAAGGCGUCCCAGUAUGACGCUCUCGACGACGGUACACCGCCACCUACCGCGCCACCUGCCAACCUGCGCCCUGCACUGGUCCAGCAGGGCAAAGUGGCCACACGACCGCAAGCAACAUGCACCUUUAUCGAACCCGCCACUACCGUCAACCGUGUGAGCGCGCGUCCUCUGCCUCCCGUCGCCAGUCGCCGUAUCAUUGCACCCCCGUGCUCCGCAGUCGGCUCCAAGGUUGCGGCCCGCCGCGUGCCCCGCUCGUCCCUCCCCUCCGAAGUCCUUGCCGAAGAGGACGAGGACGUCUACACGGCCCGCUACACCGCUCCCAAGUCGGACGUGUGGCUGUGCUCUCGCCCAACUGGCAACGCGCGGCCUCGCAACGCACCCGUCUUCACCCGCAGCUGCAGCGACAGUUCAGACUCGAGCGUCGAGGAGAAGACCUACAUCUCGUCCCACUGCGCCCGUAACCUCCGCAAGUCGCCUAGCACACAAGGCUUGACUACCAGCGAGUAA